ACUACGUCUCCCACAAUCCCAAGCGGCACAACGAGCAGCGAGUGGACCUUGGUCUAGGGCAGCGGGGGCGUUAGGAGGGGAAGGCCGUUCGUUAAAGGGCACAAUGAUAAAUACAUAGAACGCGGCAGGCGCGAGAGAGGUGGCUGGAUGGAAGGGCAAAGAGAAGGUGAAGUGGGCGGGAGUGGGGCAGGGGCAAGGAAGGCGAGUGGAGGGCCUGGCAGGGCGGAUGGGUAGCUUGGGCUGCUGGUGACAUCCAGGCUCCUGUUAUUUCACUCUGUCCAAGGGGAAAAAAGGGGGAAAUAAUAUUUUGAUGCAACCUACGUUUUAAAAAACAAUCUAUUUUAUUCAUUGUAUAUCAUUUUUAUUUGUUGUUAAACAAGACUAUAGAACAGAAGCAGUCAUACAGAUGUAAACGAAUUUACAAAGUCUGUCAAAAAGGAGGGGACUAAAUAUAUAGUUAUGUAUCCAAUCUGAGAUACAGACAUUUAAAGAAUGGUUAUAGUUUUAACCUUGGAAUGUUAUUAUGAGUUAUGAUGAUAAGAGAGAGAGCAGCUGUUACCUUUGCAAAAGGCUGGGUGGGGAAGUGGAAUAUAUAUACAGCAAAUGUAUUAGCCCUAUUUAAAAACAAUUUUGAGCUGCAGAGCUUAACUAGCAUUUUCUGACAUGGUUGUGCAUGUCUCCUUCAUGCUUGAAGAAUUAUCUUGUAUCUGCUUAAGAGUAAGACCCACUGAACUGCUGAGGCCCUGUCCACCCUCUACGUUUAAAGCACAACACUUUAAAUAGUCAUGGCUUCCCCGUGGGAGACAUAGUUUGAGAGGUGUGGGGUGAACCCUGUUCCUCUCACAGAGCUCAUUUUCUCAUGGAACUCUGAGAAUUGUAGCUCUGUGAUGGGAAUAAGGGUCUCCCGACAAAUUUCAGCACCCUUAACCCUUAAGCUACAGCUCUCCCGAUUCUUUGAGGCAAGACAUGGCUGUUUAAGGUGGUAUCAUACUGCUUCAAAUGGUACACAUGGGGCUGGAGAUUGUCCUUAAUAAAUUUAGGAAAUGGCCAGGAUGGGUAAUACAAUGAAAACACUGUUCAAUGCAUUGGUAUAACAAAAUAUAUGUAAGUGCUUUAAAUUGAUGCACCGGCUACUCAUCUUAACUGAUAAUUAUUUACAUCUGAUAUCAUUUUUGAUAGGGAUUUUCAUUUUUCAACAGUCUAAAAAAGCUGGUGGGAGAUUUUAGCGUGUUCAAGACAUGCAGAAUAACCAUGCUUCUGGAAGAAUGGAAGGUAACAUGCUAGUAGCCUUUUGCUUUCCGAUAAAGAACAUUUCAUAAUUGCACAUGGAAUAACACGUUUCCUGCUGUAAUUGCAUGAAUGGGCUUAGGCGGCUUGAAGUGGAAUUACCUGUAUGUAGCUGACCUGAUUACGUGUUUGUUUAGUUGAUUAAAAUCCUGGUAAAUUACCAGUUAAAUUGAAAUUUUGUGAUACUUACAUGUAGCUAGAUUGUACCUUUACAAAUUACUAAACAAAAAUGAAAAUUGUUUGGAGGAAAAUCCAUCUGUAACAUUAUAUAUACAGUACCAGUGAGAUUUGCAACAAAAAGUUGCUGUGUAUCUUCGCACAUCCUCGCAGAAGUGUUCCUGUUCAGGUUCCUGCCAGCAAGCUAUGUUCCACUCCAAGGUACUGUAAGAUGUGAAGAGCUCAAGCAGGGCCUUUUACUAUGGUUUUUUUUGUAGCUACUGAGCAUUGUAGAAAUGCAUAUGCAUACAAAAAACAAUGUGAGUUAUGCUAACUCCUGACUGAGCCAUUUUUUGUGGGGAUGUGCCCUUUUGGGGGGGACGGUUUAACUUCUGAAAAUCUUGGGGUUCUUUUGAGCGUGCUGCUUCUUCUCUCUUGUUUCUCGGUGAUCCUGUUUUGGCUCGGUUUCUUUCAUCACUCACAACUUGAGUUCAUUAUGAGAGAGUGAUUCCUCUUACACUAACACACAGCAGGCUAAUCAGCAUAGCUUCAAAAAUGUUCAAAUUCCAUUGCUACCGUGGAAGUUCCAAAUGUGGUUAUAAAAUGUAAUACACAAAGCACAAAGGCUUGCAAAACAAUCCUAUGCAUAUUUACCCAGACUUAAACUGAACUAAACUUAAUGGAGCUUGCUGCUUAAGAUUGCAGCCUGGGCUCCAAAAUAAGUGCACGUAUUUGUAUGUCUUAAUUAACUUCUCUUUUCUAAUAUUAUCUCCCAGAAAAGAGCUCAGUUCCAUCUGAACUUGUUCAGAUUUGCAGUUAGAUGGUUUAGACAAAAGCUGCAUUGAAGAGCUGUGAAGUGGCACUAUAUGAUGAUGAUGAUGCUGAGAAAAAUAAAGUGUCGAGUCUGGAUAUGCUCAGCAUUGGUUCCAAAGACAGACAAACCAUUUCUACAUCAUUUUAUCUAUCACCAUAGACUGCUGUCAGAUCUCAGACCUAAAAGCAUCAAAGACUCUUACAGGCUGCUUAACCUUCAGGAAGGCUGUUCAAUGGAUGAUGUCAGAAAUUCAUAUCGAGACCUUGCUAAGCAAUAUCACCCAGACAGUGGAUCUGCUACAGCAGAUUCUGCAACUUUUGUGCAAAUAGAAGAAGCAUAUAGAGUUGUGCUUAACUAUAUGACCAAGAAAAUGAAAUCAAGUGAAAACAAUGAGGAGGAUGAGGAAGAUAAAUUCAAAUCUAAGACACCACAACACAGACAGUAUUUAAGUUUUGAGGGUGUAGGUUUUGGAACUCCAAGUCAGAGACAGAGACAGUAUAUGCAAUUUAGAGUUGAUCGGGCUUCUGAACAGGUCAUGGAAUACCGAAAGCAGAAAAUGGAGCGCGAACUAGUAAUGAGUGAGGCUAUGUUAGCCAAAGAUGUAAGGCAAAGUAAGAAGGCAAAAAUCACUCAAGCGAUCGAACGGUUGGUUGAAGACCUCAUUCAAGAAUCUAUGGCAAAAGGGGACUUUGAGAACCUUAGUGGUAAAGGAAAGCCACUGCAAAAAUUUUCAGACUGUCCACAUAUUGAUCCUAUGACUCACAACCUGAACCGUAUUCUGAUAGACAACGGAUACCAACCAGAGUGGAUUCUCAUACAGAAAGAAAUACGGGAAACAAUUGAAAAACUGAGAAAGGAUAUGAUGGCUUCUAGGAAUAAACUGGGAGAGCCAAUGACACCACAAAAAGAGAAACAAUGGAAGGAAUCUUGUGAACAGUUUACUGAAAGCAUCCAGGCACUAAACAAAAGAAUUAAUGAUUUCAACUUGGUUGUUCCUAUUCUUAGCAGGCAGAUGGUACAUUUUAAUGCUGGCAAAGAAAUUUCGCGUGUACAGGAGAGCUGCAAAAGCCAGAUGAAAAGGAAUUCUGAAAAGGAGACAAAGAAAACAGAAAAUGAAAGUAGCAGAUCAUCUGACAUUAAAGCCAGUUUUUUUAAAUGGAUGAAUCUUAUUUUGAAAUAAGAUUACGCUGAUAGCCAUGUGGUUUAGCUACUAAAUGUACACUAAGAUUCAUAUUACUUCCAGAAGACAUUACAUUUUUCUCUUUACUGUCUUAACAGUGUUGUAGAAGUGUAGGAACAAAUAAACACAUUUAUACCUGCCA